CAAAACAACUGUUCGUUCGGUUCGUUCAUGGAAGUGGGACGGUGCGGUUGGUGUUUCGUGAUUGCAUAAACUUACUAGUCGUGAUCCUGAUGGCUUCUCUGGCGAGACUAUUCCAAAACCUGGUUAUCAAAUCCGCGACCAGUGAUGUGCGCGUAAUAAAAACAUCAAACAUUUCCACGGAAAGUUUGGCUCGGGUGAUGAACAAACCUAAACCGGGCACAGGGAAGGCUUAUCGUAGAAUUGUACAUUACCCGGACCAAUAUACGGUAGAGCCGCUGAAGGUAACCAAUUUGGCUGGUCGAGAUCCGGAGACGGGACGGCUCAUAGCGAAAGGUAUCGGCGGUGGAAUCAAACAUAAGUACCACUGGAUAAAGUGGGUCCGCGAUGGCCCCCUGGAAGGCCCGCCGCAAAUCGAGAAAGUUAUCGAUGUGAUCCAUGAUGGUUGUCGGACGGCGAAGGUAGCACUGGUGGCUUUUGGAGAUGAGCUAAAAUACAUCAUUGCGACAGAAAAUAUGAAGGCCGGGGAUUUGAUAAAAACAUCCAGAUUUAUUCCUAGAAUUCCAGUGCGAGCUAAUGAGGGCGAUGCGUAUCCACUGGGAGCGCUACAGGUUGGAACGCAAGUUCAUUGUUUGGAGAAGUAUCCCGGACAGGCGUGUCAUCUGAUCCAUUCUGCCGGAACAUAUGGAACUAUACUGCGCAAAUUUGGUGACCUGGUAGUAGUUCAACUACCUUCGAAGCAAGAAUUCGCCUUUCAUCAAACCUGUAUGGCCACCGUUGGUCGGGUUUCGAACAUCUACCACAAUAAAACUCCGAUUGGUUCGGCUCAGAAAAAUCGUGAACUGGGAAAUCGUCCACGAUCGGGAUUGUGGCAAAGGAAAGACGGUCGUCAUGGACGUAAGAUUCGCAAGUUGCCUCCUAUGCGUGUGAUUGCACCUCCUUCAGAACCGGCUGCACAGCCUAUCGUCUUCACGUUGAAAGUGUAAAACGAAGUUACGAAUAAACUUUGUUAGUGUCUA